AUGGUCACUACAAUAUGGUACGUUCAGAAGAUUGGAUUGGGUUGGAUUGAAGAGCUGUCCUCGCGAAAUCAGUCUGUCUUUUGCCCAAAACAUCACUUUUCAGAUCUUGAAUUUAAGCCCCAGGCGGUUGGCGAGUUGUCGUGUAUAGUUGCCCUUGUUGAUCUGCUGCGGUCUUGGGGUGUCGUCCCCAUGGCCGUAGUCCGUCACUCAUCAGGUGAGAUCGCCGCCGCAUAUGCUGCCGAGGCACUAUCUCGAAAGACCUGCUUGAAAAUAGCUCUUCAUCGCGGUCUAGUCUCCAUUUUGGCCCAGGAGCGCAGUCCAGGGGCGGCAUGA